GUGCUCCGUGUCUCCGGAAGUUCCUGCUCCAGAGAGUCACCUUGCCCCGGCCGCUGCAGACAGACAGACAGAGAGAGAGACAGACAGACAGGCAGAGAGACAGACAGGCAGAGAGACAGACAGCAGGAGCACCGUCCGGCUCAGAGGCACUCAGGCAGGCAGCGGAAUCGAACCGGGCUCUCACCGACCCGGAGGAAACAUGGCGGAGGCGAAACCCAAAACGUCCCCGAAGUCCAUCAAGUUCCUGUUCGGAGGGUUGGCCGGGAUGGGUGCGACAGUCUUUGUGCAGCCGUUGGAUCUGGUGAAGAACCGGAUGCAGCUGAGCGGUCAGGGCACGAAGGCUCGAGAGUACAAAACCAGCUUCCACGCUCUGUUCUCCAUCCUGAAGAACGAGGGAGUCGGAGGCAUCUACACUGGUUUGUCGGCAGGUUUGUUGCGUCAGGCGACGUACACGACGACUCGUCUGGGAAUCUACACCAUCCUGUUUGAGAAAAUGACCGGAGCUGACGGACGGCCUCCAAACUUCCUCCUCAAGGCUCUGAUCGGUAUGACAGCUGGAGCUACAGGAGCGUUUGUGGGAACACCGGCAGAGGUCGCACUGAUCAGGAUGACGGCGGACGGACGCCUCCCUGCAGACCAGAGGAGAGGUUACUCUAAUGUUUUUAACGCUCUGGCUCGAAUCACCAGAGAAGAAGGGAUCACCACACUGUGGAGGGGGUGUAUUCCCACCAUGGCUCGAGCGGUGGUGGUGAACGCAGCUCAGCUGGCCUCCUACUCUCAGUCCAAACAGGCCCUGCUAGACUCAGGGUAUUUUGGGGACGACAUUCUGUGUCAUUUCUGUGCCAGUAUGAUCAGCGGUCUGGUUACCACGGCAGCGUCGAUGCCCGUUGACAUCGUAAAGACCAGGAUUCAGAACAUGAGGAUGAUCGACGGGAAGCCCGAGUAUAAGAACGGACUGGAGGUGCUGAUGCGAGUCAUACGCGCCGAAGGUUUCUUCUCUCUGUGGAAAGGUUUCACUCCGUACUACGCUCGCCUCGGCCCUCACACCGUCCUCACCUUCAUCUUCCUGGAACAGAUGAACCGCGCGUACAAGACCUACGUCCUCGACCGCUAACACACACACACACACACACACACACACACACACACACACACACACACACACACACACACACACACACACACACACACACUGUAGCACAAACCUCUUCCUGUUCCUGACGCCACAUUUCAACUUAAAACUGAAGAAUUUAAAGGAGCAGUCCCACAUUCAUCCUCCCGCUCUUCUGUGAAACUAAUGGUGGACUGUCCCUUUAAGUUUACAUACACACACUGCCGUAAAGACGCACACACACAGCCAGCCUUGUAAAAGAAGGAGCCAGUGUUAACGCGCACACACACACACACACACACACACACACACACACACACACACACACACACAUACAUACACACACACAUACACACACUCUAAUUCUUUUUGUAAAGAAAGGAAUGUAAAAUAAAAAAUAAACGUAGUUCAGACAUCAUUCAGUGAUGUCUGAAUAAUAAAUAAGUCUUAUUUGUAGAAUUGUCUCCCCCCCGACCCGUUGUGAAAACACACAGCAGCAUCAUGGGAUUGCUCGGUAACCGUGGAUACAGCUGAUGAAGUACUGAUGGAGAGAGAAUAAACAGUUUGAGCCUCA